AUGUCGCGGCCGUCGACCACAUCAAGCCAUUCGGUCAACGCCUUCCCACGGCCGGCAGGCGUUAAUCUGUUAGCGCCUGAGCCGGUUGUGGACCAGCAUCUCUCACCCUCGCGAUCCACCUUCUCGUUUGAGUCGUCGCCCAAGUCGAACCUCGAUGUACACCACGUUUCCAAUUUUGAAGAGAAGAGGCCUUCGAGUCGGGGCGCGCAGACUUCCAAUCGAGUACAACCAAACGGAUCACGCCGACGGGCGCAAUUCUAUGAAGAGCAAUUCGCAUACAAGGACGGAUCCACCACGCUUGCCCGCGACCGCGUGAUUAGAGAUGCGCCCAUUAUUGCUGAGCUGCGCACCAAUGUUAUCAUCAAAGAUGAGUACACACUGGUUACAGAUCUUUCUCACCAUCUUUCCACGCGGUAUCAGCGGCCCGAGUCGUCCAUCAUGAUCACCGUCAACCACUCUGCAUGCCUCCUACUAGCCGGAUCAUUCGAACCCACCUACCUCAUGACCAUCACUGCCCUUCCCGUGCAACUACAGCAGACCACCAACAAGCGCAAUGCUGCCCUCAUUCAGAACUUCAUGUCCGAAUCCCUCGGCGUGCCUUUAGAUCGAGGAAUUGUCAGAUUUGUGCCCAUCCAGGAUGACUGCAUUGCGACAAAUGGCAUGACCAUCUUGGGCGAAAUCGAGAACCUGGAGCGCCAGAUAGGCGAGGAGAAUGGUGGAUUGAAGCGGGGCCUCACAAAGAGCUCGAAGCGCUCUGCCGUAACCAAGGCAAAGAGUAGCUUUCAGCUCGCCCGCAACAUUUCCAAGGCUGACCAUGGCGCAAGAGCAGUUGUCACCCCUCCGCUUCCUAGCCCUAGCCCGCUCGACUCAGGAGUUGAAGUCGACCGAGAAGAGUCCGACGUAUUACGCCCGAUCGACAGCAAAUUCACCAACAAAUCCUCGAUGAACCGCAAAGCGUCCAAGUCACUCGGUGAGAAGUCGUCAAAUGUCGAUUUCAAGUUGGCUCCGGCCCCGCCGCCAGUACCAGCAAGUACUCCUGUACCGAAGAUGGGCAAGCGGAAAAGCAUGAUGAACAUCUUCAAGCGAUGA